UCCAAGUUGACACGAGUGCAAGGAGAACCAACGUGUGCCCCGCAAACAUCAUUUUCAGUCCCAAAAAACCCAACAACUGCUCGAAAAAUCCCCCAAUUCUUUCACUCAAUCUACACUAAAUUUAUACAAAUUUUCGUCUACAUUAAUUUUGAUCUAAUGUCCAAUUUACUCGGGGGAUAAAUUCGGGGAAAAUAUAUACGCAUAUUUAACCUACGCCAUAUUGAAACCACUGCCACCUGGAUGAUUUACAUACGCACGAUGGAACUGUCAAAAUGACGAUGAUAAUUCGCUCCAAAAAUCGUCGAUGAACUCCGAAAAAAACGAGUAAAAUCGACGGAAUAAUUUGUACUGAAGAUUUUCUUAAUUCCUUGGACAUUUUUUUGAGAGAAUUGUGGGGUCGUCGGGGUGUUUACUAUCUACUGAUAGAGUCCAGUGAAUAGUGCAAGUGAAUGUGGAGAACUUCCUGUGAUUUUUUGUUCCUGAUUUUUCUAUUUUCUAGGGAAGUAGAGCGAGCCUUUUAGUUAAUUAGUCGGUUUGUUCGUUGUUGACGAGGGGAGGACUGAAUUGGAGGGAUGGAUCCCAUGUCGUCGAGUGUUCCGCCACUGCAGGAGGCUAAGUUAGAUAUGUAUGAUGAUGCCAUUUAUAACGUGGACCCUCAACACGUCGAGGGGGACAUGACUGUGGGGAGCACGAGGCAAAGAGUUAAUAUUGGAGAACCUGACUUCAACACCUUGGACGAACCAAUUAGUGAUACAAUCCUCAGGGACGUUCGAGCUGUUGGACAGAAAUUUUUUCAUGUAAUAUAUCCAAAGGAGAAAGGAAGUUUGCUGAAGGAAUGGGAUCUGUGGGGACCUUUGGUGCUCUGUACCUUCAUGGCAAUGAUUCUCCAGGGAUCUGAUGCUCGUGACAACCCUAAUGACGGCGGGCCCCAAUUUGCUGAGGUAUUUGUACUCGUGUGGAUUGGCUCCAUGGUCGUAACUCUUAAUUCUAAACUACUAGGAGGAAAUAUAUCAUUUUUCCAAAGUGUCUGUGUACUUGGUUACUGCCUUCUGCCAAUUGCAAUUGCAUUAAUAUUAUGCAGAAUUAUCCUGCUGAUGGAGCAGAACCUUUCCCUGUUCAUUUUACGUUUUAUCAUCACAGUAAUAGGAUUCGUCUGGGCAACCUAUGCUUCAAUGGCAUUUCUCGGAGAGAGUCAGCCGGCAGGGAGAAAAGUCCUGGCAGUUUACCCAAUAUUCCUCUUCUACUUUGUCAUCUCGUGGCUCGUGAUAUCCCACACAACAUGAAAGCAACAGCUGAAGCUCCUGAACUACAAACAUAACUUGAAAAUUGCACAAUUCUGAAUGAAAACCCACAGAAAUCUCAAGACUUGAAUGGCUGUUUGACGCCAUUUAUCGUUCGUAGGAAAAUCUGCUGGGAAAAGUUAUUUUCUUCCUACUGACGAGGACAUUAUUUAUAGACUAAAACAGCAUUCCACUAUUCGUCAAUUAGAUAAUCUGUCGAUUACCAAUUUUUACGUGAAAUGCAUUUUUUUUCAUUAUGAA